UAUAAAUCUAUAAAAGAAACAUUCAUCCUAAGCCUUUAUUGCAGAAAUUUUUUUACAUAGCAUUUUUUAUUAAAAAUGCUCCUGAAAACUCUUAUUAUUGUAUGUGCUGCCACAAGUGCCUAUAGUCAAGCUGUAGGAACAUGCCCACCUAUAGACGGAGUUUUUCCUGUAUACCUUCCAGAUGCUACGGACUGCACUAUAUUCUAUGAGUGUUCAAAUGGUCAACCAAUUCAGUUACAAUGUGCCCCCGGUACAUUAUUUGAUGAAAAAAGGAGCAUAUGCGAUGUCGAUGUCAAUUGCGGAAAUAGGUCCACGCCUAAACCUCCACCUGCAGACUCAUGAGUUUCCUUGAAUUCUAAUUUUAUAAGAUUUUUUAAUAAAAUUGUAAAUUGUGUUAUAAGAACUAUUGUUAAUAAACCAUUUUAAAAUUUUAAAUGAUAAUAAAAACAGUUUUAUAAAGCAA